GUCCUGUUGGAGUGUGUGCCGAAACAGACUCUGGUUAGACCAGGACCAUGGAGGCUAGUGUCCUGCUCCUCCUUGCUGUCCUCCUGAGUUUAUUUCUAUUCCUGGUCAGGAACCAUGCAAAGGUCCAUGGUCAUCUUCCACCAGGACCCCGACCCCUACCCCUCUUGGGGAACCUCUUGCAGAUGGACAGAGGUGGCCUCCUUAAGUGGUUCAUUCAGCUUCAAGAAAAACAUGGAAAUGUGUUCACAGUGCACUUGGGACCGAGGCCUGUGGUUGUGUUGUGUGGGACAAAGACAAUAAGGGAGGCUCUGGUGGACCAUGCUGAGGCUUUUUCUGGCCGGGGGACAAUUGCUGCAGUUCAGCCAAUUGUGCAGGACUAUGGUUUAGUCUUGGCCAAUGGGGAACGCUGGAAGACCCUUCGUCAAUUUUCUCUGGCAACCAUGAGAGAAUUUGGGAUGGGAAAGCGGAGUGUGGAGGAGAGGAUGAAGGAGGAGGCCCGAUGUUUAGUGGAGGAACUGAAGACAUAUCAUGGAGCUCCCCUGGAUCCCACCUUCAUCUUCCAGUGCAUCCCAGCCAACAUCAUCUGCUCCAUUGUCUUUGGAGAGCGCUUUGACUACACAGACCACCAGUUCCUGCGCCUGCUGGAGCUGAUACAUCAGACAUUUACACUCUUUUUUUUUUUUAUUAUUGGAUGAUUUAUUUACAUUUCCUAUGUUGUCCCCUUACCCCAU